UGCUAGGAAUAGGAUGUCUUACCGGCAUCUCGAUGUGAACACUGACGACUUAUGCAACAAUAAUCGGCCAACCAUAAUGAUUGAUUGCAUGUGUGCCCUGCCCACCUCUUAUCCUCGCCCGUGCUCCCUUGCAACGCCAUCGAGCCAAACUCACCGCCGCCGCUGCCCUCGUCCACGGCUUCUCCUUCUCGAGGCCGAGCUGGGACGCCCGCGCGUGUCCCCCACUGCCGGUACGUCGCCGGCCGCCAUCCAUUGCACGCACCCUGUGGAGACGGAGGAUUGAGUCGCUGCUCCCGGGAUUAUUAAUUCUUGCUCUCUCAGGGGAGGUCAUGCAUGCGUUCGAUUCGUAUGGGGUGAUUGCUUUGUGGUGAUACUGCAAACUGGAGGAACUUCUCAGACUUCCCCAUCAUUUUUUCCUUCCAGGAUUGCUAUUUCUCAAUUGAUUAAGAAAUACUAAACCACCGUAUGUGUGUAAUGAUUCGUCAAGAUUUUUUUUCCAUUUUAAGUUUUUCAUUCUAAAUUUUUUCUUCCUGUGCAGGCUUUAAGUCGGGUUUUUUUUUCGUUGGCCGCUUGUAGCAACCCGCACCAGGAACUAGAAUUUCACACCUACAUGUUGCUCAAAAAAAAAGUUGCACACCUAUAUGGCUAUAUGCAUGUCUUCCACGCGCAACUACUGUUUCAACCACAUCAACCUAGAGGCGAACCAACCUGCAGUUGGAUGGUUAGAGGGACUGUGGUAUCCCCAGCCCAUCAGGGUUCAAAUCCUGAUGCUCGCAUUUAUUCCUGGAUUUAUUUCAGGAUUUCCGGCGAUGCGCAUUCAGUGGGAGGAGAUAUUCCCGUCAACGAGAGGCCUCUCGUGCAACUAGGCGCAACUACAUGUCUGUUUCUCACGCACAACUACAGUUGUAUAUCCGCUGGUCACACCCUAAACGUCUGCCGGCCACAGGCAAAGGCAACUGCACGUUGGGCGCCCAUGUGCAACUGCCGACUCAACAUAACAACACAUUCAUCGGCCACCGCGCGCCUGCGUACAACUAUAUAUAGUUGCACAUUGGGUGAUGGAAAGUACGUCGCCCCUAGCUAGCUGCAGCGUCCAACUUGAAAGGUGUGAGUGCGGGCUUUUUCAUUCUUCCAGUUGGAUUAGCCGGAGCCCGAGCCGAAGACAAACGUUCUCAGACAAGAGCUUGUCAGAGGCAAGGUAGGGCAUAGACGGGGAAGAUCGGCAUCGCUGGGGAAGAUGAAUAGUGCUAGUGCGCAGUCGUUAGAUUCACCAACCAUCCGCAUAUAAAAAGUUUGCAGAAUUGGUGCAGAUAUGACUGAAACAAUUUCUUUUUUUAGUCACCUAAUGGUUAGCUUCUCCCUUUAAAUUAUAUAUGGACCUUUUAAAAAUAUAAAUAUAUCUAUGAAGUAGUCUUGCGGUCCAGAUUUCUCCAAAAGAGUUCUUGAAUAUGACAUAUAUUGUGGCAAUUUGUUGUCUAGAUAGCUCUUGAGUAUGCAUAAUCUAUACCAUACUCCUGUUUAUAUUGGUCAGUGUGUUUCUGCACAGUUACAGGGCUUGGAAAUGGCUAGAGGAAGAGGCAAAGGAAGCUAUACCCGUUGCUCAUGCUGCUUCGUGUAAGGCCUGUUGCAGGCGCACAUGCUCUUGCCCGGAAGGAAUUUUGCAAAUGAAUCAGUGUGUGCCAUGAAGAACAAGCAACGAUACCGUGAAAGUGACAUGCCAGUGAAACUGACAUUCCAAUCCUUAAAGGAGGUCACAAACAACUUUGCCGACAAACUUGGCAGUGGUGCAUCUGCGGAAGUUUACAGGGGAGAGUUCAAUGGAGAAGUGAUUGCCGUAAAGAAACUGCCAUUCAGGAUUGGGACUGAUGAGAAGCAAUUCCAAAACGAAUACGAACACCUUAAGAGGCUCAAGCAUCCUAAUAUCGUGCGGCUAGUGGGCUUCUGUGAUGAAACAGAGCAUGCAUUUGUAGAGUACAAAGGGAAAACAAUAAUUGCCGAAGAAAUACAUAGGGCACUCUGCCUCGAAUGCCUGCCCAAGGGACCCCUUAGUGACUAUCUUCAUGAAAAAUAUACUGGACAUAGUUGGCACACACGGUUCCAGAUAAUCAACGGGAUGUGUGAGGGUUUGAAAUAUAUUCAUGAAGUUUCCGUUGUGCAUUUGGAUAUAAAGCCUGGUAAUAUAUUGCUAGAUGCGGAAAUGAUACCGAAAAUUGCGGAUUUUGGAAUAUCAAGGCUACUGGUCGAGGAAUGCAUCAGAGAGGCCACUCAGUUAGGGACAAUUGGAUACAUACCAAGGGAGUUCAUAGACAAUCAAGUUAUCUCAAGAGAGUUUGACAUCUUUAGCUUAGGGGUUACGAUUAUGAAGAUAUUGACAGAACCAAUGGACUACUGGAACAUUUCUUACAUGAAUGACAAGGAAUGUAUUGAGCAUGUACACGACAAUUGAAGGAAAAGGUUUGAGGAGAUACCACUGUAUCUAUGGCUUGAAGAAUAUUGCAAACAAGUAAGAACUUGUAUUGAGAUCGCACUACGAUGUACGGAUCCUGAGCAUCUUAAUAGGCCUUCGAUGAAUCAUAUUGUCAGUAAGCUGAUUCCAAUACCAAGGAUAGGGGUACCUUAUAGGCCCGCUACAGCCUCUUUUUGGCCGGCAUCUAGGUUUAAAGUACAUUAUACGUCUGCCAAGUUUUCAACGGACUUAUCGUUGCCGAUAGACAUCAACGAGAUGAUAGACACCCCUCAGAUGCCUUCACCAGAACCGGAAGAUUCACACAUUCACACAUGUGAACCGCCAUUCGAGUUUCUAUGAGAAAUUACAAAUGAUUUUUCAAAGGAACGAAUAGUUUCUGAAUGCGCAUCUGUGACAAUUUUUAAGGGUAUACUUAACUCUGGGGAAGAGACUCGGGUGAAGAGAUUUAGGGCAAGUAAAAAGGAUAUUCCAGAUAAGGUGUUUCAGAAUGAAGUUGGAAAGCUCAUGGAGAUCAAGCACAAAAAUAUAGUACGGUUACUCGGCUAUUGCAAUGAAAAGACGAGGGAAACCGUGAAGCAUGACGGGAGAUAUAUUGUGACAUGCAAGGUAGAAACUUUGCUAUUGUACGAGUAUGUGCCAAAUAGAAGCCUUGACCAAUACAUUUAUGAUCAGCGACACGCGACCGGUGGAGCCGGUGGGCCUCCUCGUCGUUGGAUGUCCCAGAGCGGAACGAAGUUGUACCCUCUAGUUCGGUGCUGUGGUGAUUCUUGUCAACUUGAGUGGAAUAUGCGCUUCAAGAUAAUUUUGGCCAUUUGUGAGGCGCUGCAUUUCUUACAUACUGAGUUAAACAAGCCUAUCAGUCAUCUGCCUCUUACUCCUGAAAAUAUAUUAUUAGACAAAAAUUUGGUACCAAAACUUUCAGAUAUUGUUCUAUCAGAUUUGUUCGAAGGACUAUCCCCAGAGGGCACAGACUAUGAUCCGGAAAUAACUCGGUACAAGGCUCCAGAAUACAUAAAUAGAUACACUAUUUCAUUCCAAUCAAACAUAUACAGCUUAGGUCUCUUAAUAAUGGAUAUCGCAACAGGAGAGAAAAACAGGUCUCAUGCUCGACAAACCAUGGAUAAUAGCCAUUUUGCGAAUGUACGUCAAAUGUGGACGGAUGAAUACAUAGCAUCAAAGUAUACAUCACUUGGUGUCACUUGCAUUGGUCAACUCAAAGUAUGCCUCCAGAUUGCGUUAUGGUGUGUCGAGGACAAAAGAAAGGACAGGCCAUCUAUACGGGAAAUUGUCAAUACACUGAAUAAUCCAUAUAUAGGCAGAGCGUUAAACAAGCCAGGAGUCGGUCCCAUCUUAUUGUUGAGCGUGCAACCCCAGCGUCUCUGCUUCCCUCUCCCUCCCACAAGGUUGAUUUCCCGCCUGUUGUGCCUAACAAACAACAAAGAUGAGUGUAUCGCCUUCAGGCUUCUCACAGAUAACCCAGGGAGGUACCAUACAAAGCUGCCGCUUUGCGGUAUUGUACUGUCGAAGUGCACCUACACUAUCAACGUGGUAGUGCACGAGCAGACAAAGCAGCUACCGUCAAAUAGCGACAAAUUUUUGACACUGAUGUGCACCACAACGCACGAGAAGGAACUCAAGAAUCUCGACGCAGACUCCGCCGCCGUCCUUUUUGAGAACCCCGAUCAUGAGGUGCAAGGGAUGAUGCUGCCUGUUGUUUGUGACCCACCGGAAGAGACCAUCUCUGAUCAGAUCAUAGCCAGUCAGCAUUGUCGAGUGGUUCCAUCCGUUGAUGUUCAUCCAAUCAGCCAGAAUUACCGGCAGGUAUUGUCCAUAGAUGUGCAUCCAAAGGAGCCUUGGCUAUUGACGACCAACCAAAUGGGCACUAUUUGCAUUUGGAACUACAAGAAGAAGGAAACGUUGAACUCCUUUGAAGUUACUCCAGGAGAACCAAUGUAUUCCGCAAAAUUUAUUGAACCAAAGCAUUGGUUCGUGACUGGGGAUGGCGAUGGAUACAUUCAUGUGUACAAUUAUGAUACAAUGAAAGAAGCCAUGAACUUCAAAGCUCAUGAGAAUAAUAUCAUGUCUUUGGCUCUGCAUACGAGUUUUUCUUUUGUGCUAUCAGCAUCUGAUGAUCACCUGAUCAAGCUUUGGGACUGGGAUAAGCGCUGGGAAUGUAUGCGAACAUUUACUGGGCACUAUGACAGAGUCACACAAGUGAUGUUUGACCCGUGGUCCAGUUAUGUUUUUGUGAGUGCUUCCAUGGAUGUCAGUGUCAAGGUUUUCUUUUCUCUUAUGAAUUCGCGCUGGUACCUUUCUUGUGGUAAUUGCGACAACAUGUUUGAAGACAAAUCGGGUGGCCUGCUAUGUCUUCACUACAUCAGAGAUAGGCAAGCUUACGAUGAUCGGAGUUUACUGGUUGUUGGCUCUUCGGAUGGUGUUGCAAAGGUCUGGGAUGAGCUUCUGGAUACAUGUGUUGGUACGCUCGAAGGACAUACAAACCGUCUCACUGCUCUUUGUUGGCACCCCAAACAUGAAGUACUAGUAACAGGUUCCCUUGAUGGGACCGUACAAAUCUGGAAACAAACUAGCACUAGAUACAGACUUGAGAACAUAAUUCGCCUUAACCUCGGUGCAGUUACUGCUCUUGCAUACAUACCAGAAGCAAGGUCUCAGACGGUUCUAUAUGCCAAGUUCUGGCUCUUUCUAAAGGAGGCUUUUAACGAAUUUAUUAAUUCUUGCCUCGGAUCAGAAAGUUCCAAACACCAAUCCAAGUCCUUCGUACAGAGGGUUGUGGUUGGAUGCGAGCAAGGAAUAGCAAUGGUGGAAAUCAAUUACCCGUGAAGAUUCUAGUUGUGAGCAAAAGACUUUGUAUAUAGAAAGUUAUUUUUAAAACUUGAAUUGAUGCAAAUUAUUAUUGUUGAGCCUUUUAGACGGUUGAAUAGUGCAAGGCUAAGAACAUUGAGAAUCACAUAUAAUAUCAUAUAUUUGAUUGGAACCAA